UCAUCGACAAGCACCGGUGGGGGAAUCUGUCACUAUAAAAGCACCACUCGGAUAGGCGCCGACGUUUUAUCGUAGACGAAUUUUUCCUCCAGCAACAUCCACUCCGACGUUCGACACGUUUCGGAUCACCUUCGCCUCCCGCACAUAAUCCCAGAAGCUCUCGCGCCAACCAAAAUGAAGGUAGCCAUCUGUUUGCUUGCCGUCGUCGCCGUGGCCCUGGCCGCCCCUCAGGAACGGGACGGAGCUGCCCUGACGAGCGAAGCGAUCCGACAGGCCCAGUCGCAGCAGCUGAUUCCCCGCGAUGCCACCAUCCAGGGCGUGCAGGAGGGCAUCCAGGUGGCCGCCAUCGAGUCCAUCCCCGGAGACCAGCGCGUAGAUCUGUUCCAGCUGCUCGGCGACCAGGUCCCACGGGAGGUCAUCUCCAACCUGCAGUCCCAGGUUGACCAGGUCGGACACAACUAAAUCCGGUGCUGAAAGGGAUUAAUUGGGAACGAGAUCGAAGACGGAAAGUCAACGGAUGACGAAUUUCGGAACUGCGAUAAGGACGCCACGCACCCGGAGGCAUUAGGACAGUAUUUUUUUUUUAGAAAGGUUUAUAGUUAUGUUAUGCGAGGCGAACAACAUUCUCGACGAAUCGUAUAUUAGAAUAUGAUUUUUGUUUCUCUCUUCUUAGUUAACACUCGAAUAGGCGAAGAAAAAAUAGGAAAAAACACUUGUUAUUCUUCCACGAUAGUGCCAAUAGUCCUUUUCCGGUGGUUUUUACCAUCGGAAGGAUGUGUUUUUGUUUAUCAGUGUAUGUAGAUGUUAAGAUUAAAGAAAUUUUGAUGUAAUAAAAAACAGCGAAAAUCCGUA